AUGUCCAUACGCCUAGAGUGUCUUGUAAAACUGGCCUUCCUGCUACAGACCAGGCUGGAGCAGACUCAAGAUCGUCUGUCUGCCGUCCAACUACGCCCGUCAAUUGACCACGCGGACGAGCAGCGAAAUGUGAUGCAGCAGAAUGUAGAUCUGGUCGCCAGGUUAGAACGCGAUCUGGCCACUGCUGAAGAGGAGGUGGAACGCCUGAAAGCCGAGAUGGAAAGAAGAGAUGAUAUUCGAGUUGACGAAAUCGCCAAAAUGUUGGCUCCUCUGGAACACUUGCGUGAUAGGCAGUCACAUCAAAUAGCAGAAGUUCGCGCUAAAGCUGGUCGGCUGGCAGCCAGGGGCGAGGCACAGGCCAAGGAUUUAUAUCUUGCCAGAGACCUUUUGAACGCGACUAGACAAAAGGAGCUCAAGGUUGGCAUGUUGUUCUGCUAUUAG